AUGCCAUCCCAUCGAAUCGUGCGCGAACUGUCAGUGUCAGUUCAAUCUCGUAGUCGCAGUCGUUCUCUACCACGCAGCUACCGGAAACGGCACAGGACCUCAUGUCACCAUCAUCGUAGCCGUUGCCGCGAACGAAAAAAUCGUUCAAGUUGCCGGCACCGACGUUGCAGCCGAAGUGCCAGCUACCAGAGUAGUUUCAGUCGAACCAGCUUUUCUAGUUCCGGAAGUACAUUACCUCGAAAAACAGCGUUGGAACGAACACGUCCUGUUAAUCCUUCACCAAGUACCUGUUUGGGUGUUUUUGGACUAAGCAUCUAUACCCAAGAAACAGACUUACGUAACAUUUUUGAAAGAUUCGGAACCAUUCACAAAGUUUCAAUUGUAUACGAUGCUAAAACGAAAAGUUCCCGUGGGUUUGGAUUUGUAUACUUUCAGGAUUUGGAGGAGGCUUCUGUCGCAAAAGUACAAUGCAACGGAAUGGUCAUUCACGAAAGAACCAUACGGGUUGAUUACUCUGUAACAGAUAAACCACAUGCUCCGACACCAGGAGUAUACAUGGGUGAUCGAAAUAAUGGAAACAGGUCUAGUCGUCACUCAUACAGUUAUCGAGGAAGAAGUUAUGAUGAGGAUUAUUAUCACGGACGCUCGAGGCGCAGCCGUUCACGAUCUUCUCAUCGCCGGCGAAGUUCGAGACAUAGACGUCACUGUCACCGAGCCGUAACUCGUUCUCGUAGCCGGUCUAUGACUUACACGUCUAGAGAUUCUCGUCAUUCAUCGAUCCGUUCCGGUUGA